AUGACCAUGAACAACAAUGUAAAGGUGCUCGUGCCCACUGGCGUGAUCGGCUCGGGGCUGCGGCUUGAUAUCUUCGAACGCGCCUUACUGGAAAGGCCAGAUGUGAUAGCCAUGGACGCCGGAUCGACUGACUCUGGACCUUAUUACCUAGGUACGGGUAAAACCAAGUCGACCAACGCAGUGCUAAAGGCGGAGUUGCUAGCGUUGAUGAAGGCACGCGCUGAUCUGGGUGUUCCGCUGAUUAUCGGCAGCUGUGGCACGUGUGGCUCCAACGCCGGUGUCGACCUGAUGCGUAACCUGUGCCUAGAAGUAGCCGCAGAGUUGCAACAGAAAGUGAAGAUCGCCGCUAUUUACAGCGAACAAAGCGCUGCCACUGUUAUUCAGGCAUUGGAAGAUGGCCGAGUAGUGCCCUUGAACCCGGUGCGCUCCAUCGAUCCAGCGCUAAUUGAGCGUUGCUCCCACAUUGUUGCCGCCAUGGGCGUUGAGCCCUUUCUCCAUGCGCUGGAACAGGGCGCCGACAUAGUGCUGGCGGGCCGUGCUACUGACACCGCCGUACUCGCCUGCCUGCCGAUUUUUCGUGGUGCGCCCUGGGGAGCCGCUUGGCAUGCGGGGAAAAUUCUUGAGUGCGGCGCGCUGUGCACAACUACUCCCACUGAAGCAAUGGUAAUGGCAGAAAUCGACCAGCAGGGCUUCACCCUGACUGCGAUUGGUGAAAAUGCUCGAGCUACACCGCGGUCAGUAAUGGCGCACAUGCUUUACGAAAACAGCAACCCUCAUAUGCUAGUUGAGCCGGGUGGCGUACUCAACGUCGAGGCUGCGACCUAUACCGCUAUCAGUGAAAACAGCGUACGGGUCGAAGGCUCGGUCUGGGUACCGAGCGAACACUAUACGGUGAAGCUCGAGGGUGCAGCAGCAACGGGUUAUCAGUCAGUAGUGCUGAGCGUGGUGCGCGGGUCCAAAUACAUCACCCGGUUUGAUGAAUGGCUGGCGUAUAUGGACGACAUCAUGCGUAAGCGCAUUGAGAAAAUCCUGAGCAUUGUCCCCUCAGAUUAUGACCUGCAGUUCCGCGCAAUUGGCAAGAAUUCUGCACUUGGCGACCUCGAAAACCAGUUAGGCCAACCAGUGGAAAUCGGGGUAUUGGCAAUUGUCACCACGCCAGAGGCUUCGCGCACCCAAGACAUCAUCGCCUUGCUCAAUCCCUACAUGCUGCAUUUACCCCUUCAGGAUGACAAAGACCUGCCGACCCAUGCCUUCCCACUGUCACCAGCGUCCAUGGAUCGGGGCAUGGCAUACGAGUUCGUGCUUAACCACGUCAUAGUGGUGGCCGACCCAUUGGCACCGUUCCGAUUCGACUUCACGACGCAACUGAGCGCCGAGCCUUUACUAGCCGAAGAAGCGGUAGCCCGCAUGCUGCACGGCGACCCGCACCAGGUGAAGGUGUUCCGCGUGCAGGCGUUGAAUGUGGUGAAAAUUACACUGCCGCGCCCCAUCACCCAAGGCGCGUUACACGACCGCGACAUGCAUGGUGCCCAGUGGGGCCAUGUGCUGACCGAGGUGUUAGCCCGCGCGGGCGUU